CACCACGUGAUGUGUAUCGCGGAAAUCCUCCCAGCAGCGGUUGAAGUCCAGUUCUUAGGCCCUAUCAAUAAACACACGAACAUUGCAUUAAACAAGCCUGUAGGAAUGACUGAAGCAUUUUGCUCAUUAUCAUCAUGAAGUAUGCACUGCUUCACGUUUCGCUGCCUUUUUUGGUUUGUGUCGCCGUGGCAAACACAAGUUUAUUCAACAACGUCAUGGUAGACCUGUCCUAUGAACAUUACGCAGAACAAGUGGUCGACUCUCUGCCAGGUUUCCUGGCAAUGCCUUUUAACUCUAUAAUCAAUGUUGUGUUACUUGGUUACGUUGUCAUGGGAUUGUACUGGUUGUUCAGGAAGAACUCGAGUGAAGAAACCAAGGAAAGUCGCUACGUAAGACAAGUUUUCGCCCUGAUGGCGAUCUUUUACGCACCUGUGCAGUGGACGCGCCUGGCCACUAUGCGCCGCGCGCCGGCUGUUCUGGACCAGUGGGUCACCCUGCCCAUCUUCGCCUGGGUCUCAGUGUGGUGCAGCUUCAUUGAAGGGGGGGCUUCAUGGCGUCCGUGGUUUGCCCUGACGACCCAGCUGGGCUCCGUGCUGAGCUACGGCCUGGCGCUUGUGCACGCACGGGGAUUCGAGGUGGCCCUCGGGGGCCACAUCGUUUACGCCGUGCACAAAGGAGUGCGCGUGCACCGUCUGUACGGAGACCACCUCUCCCAGAGACACCUGGUGCUGGCUCUGGUGUCCUGCGGCGGGUUCGUCGGCCUGAAGCUGCUGGACCACUGGCUGGCCCGGUACGCGCUCUUCCAGUGUGUGACGGGACACUUCUGGUCCAAAGUGUGCGAUGUCCUUCAGUUCCAUUUUAGUUUUUGUCUUCUUACUUGCCUCUCAGAACGAUCGCAAGCACGCCAAAAGGCAAGAUGAAAUGAUAUAUUAAAGAUUGAUAAUACGAUACAAA